AUGGGAGAAUUCAGACUUUGGAGAGUUUGCUGGAAACAAACCUACCAUUCGCGUGGCGUCGAAACUUGGGUCGAAUUGCAUUGCGAUAAAGAAUAUUUUGAGAUAGUCUUAGAAUUAGCCAAUUCAACUAUUUCGAAUUAUGUUCGCUUAUCAUCGAAUAUCAAUAAAACAUAUCAAAAUCGAGUUGUACGACAUGCUUGCCAUAGUGAAAUUCGAAAAGAAGUUAAUCAGCUUAAACUAAAGGCGUUUUAUCAAAAUUGUGAUGGAAUUCGUACAAAAAAAAUCAUUGGUGGUGUUCAAUAUGAUAUAAAGAUUGAUUACCAUUUAUCAUCUAAUAUUGAAAAAUAUUCUUUUCUCGUGACCUGCUUUGUACCAACUAAAAUGAUCGAUCUGAAUACGACACCAUUUAAUAUGACAAUGACAACUGGAAGCGGAAUUUUAAUUGAUUCUCCUCAAAAAACAUUAGAAGUUGGAACCAUACUUAAUUUUAUUUUUGAACCUCAAGAGAAUUUAUCGUUUCCUGUGAAUUUCGGUGGAUAUCCUAUGUCUUGCGAAAUAAUGAAAUCCGAUGGUAGCGCAAAGAAGGAUAUGAUAGUCAAUGGUUGUCCAUCGAUGAUAAAUAACAUUGGCCGUAAAGCGAAACUUAUACAAAACAUUGAAAAUCUUAGUAUCACGAAAUGCCCUCGAGCGUCACAUUUAUGUUUUGGUCGUAGUAUGGAUUUCAGUUCAGAAAUUUUCAAAUUCAGAUUGAAAUUCAAAGAAAUCACAAUACAAAGUCAAAGCAUUUUAAAGAUUAUGAGUAAUCAGUAUAGUGGCAGUCCUUUAUCUGAAUUAUGCAAUAAUGCAUGCAGUAUGGUUGGUGAAAUUUUGAUAUAG